UGUAAAAUGUAUUAAAUGGUGUGUUAAAUUCAAAACACAUGUGAAGGCGUGCUUUAUUCACAUAACCUUAAAACAAGUUGAAGUUUCAUAAAGUUAAACAUUUAAGAUGGUACGCAAGAAGAUUGAUAAUAGAAUUCGUGUUCUAAUCGAGAAUGGAGUUAAAUUGGGACACAGAACAUUAUUUGUUAUGGUUGGUGAUAAAGGCCGUGAUCAGGUUGUAAUUUUACAUCAUAUGUUAGCCAAAGCUGAAGUAAAAGCAAGACCAUCAGUGCUAUGGUGCUAUAAAAAGGAGUUAGGUUUCAGCAGCAACAGGAAGAAACGUAUGAAGCAUUUACAACAUAAGAUUAAAGCUGGAAAGUUGAGUGUAAAUGAAGAUGACCCUUUUGAAUUAUUUGUUUCCAGUACAAAAAUACGUUAUUGUUAUUAUUCUGAAACACAGAAAAUCCUUGGAAACACUUAUGGUAUGUGUGUUUUGCAAGAUUUUGAAGCCUUGACACCUAAUUUGCUAGCAAGAACAAUUGAAACAGUAGAAGGUGGUGGCAUUGUUGUUCUAUUAUUGCGUACCAUGAAUUCAUUGAAACAACUUUACACAUUGACAAUGGAUGUGCAUCAAAGAUUUAGAACUGAAGCUCACCAGAAUGUAUCUUGUAGAUUUAAUGAACGUUUCCUGUUGAGUUUGGCAUCUUGCAAGAGAUGUCUUGUUGUUGAUGACCAAUUAGCAGUCUUACCUGUCUCAUCUCAUAAUUUACAUGUGACACCCAUUGAUAUAGCAGAAGAAAAAUCAAAAUCUGAUGAGGAAUUAAUAGAGUUAAAAGCUAACUUGAGAGACACACAACCUGUUGGUUCUUUGGUAAAUUGUUGUAGAACUUUGGAUCAGGGUAAAGCCCUGUUGAAAUUUAUUGAAGCUAUAUCAGAGAAAACUUUGAAAUCAACAGUGUCUUUAACUGCUAGUAGAGGACGAGGCAAAUCUGCUGCUUUAGGACUUUCUGUAGCUGCAGCUGUUGCCUUUGGCUAUAGUAACAUAUUUGUUACAAGUCCCAGCCCUGAAAAUUUGAACACAUUUUUUGAAUUUGUUUUCAAAGGCUUUGAUGCUUUAGAAUAUCAGGAACAUAUUGAUUAUGGUUUAGUGCAAAGUACAAAUCCGGAAUUUAACAAGGCGAUUGUUAGAGUUAACAUCUUUAGGGACCAUAGACAGACUAUUCAGUACAUACAUCCUACUGAUGCAAAUAAAUUGUCACAAGCGGAAUUGGUGGUUAUUGAUGAAGCUGCAGCUAUUCCAUUACCAUACGUUAAAGCUAUGUUGGGACCGUAUUUAGUAUUCUUAGCAUCGACAAUUAAUGGGUAUGAAGGUACCGGAAGGUCAUUAUCUUUAAAGUUGUUACAACAAUUAAGGGUGCAAACAGUUCCCGUUGGUGCUAAUACCAAUGCAGCAAAUAAGAAAGAUUCUGCUGCAGCUACGGGAAGAACGUUACAUGAAGUUACGUUAGAAGAAUCAAUUCGUUAUAAAUCUGGAGAUGCAGUUGAAACAUGGCUAACAAAAUUGCUGUGUUUAGAUGCUACAUCAGUUUCAUCAUUAUCUUCUGGUUGCCCGCCUCCGGAUGCAUGUGAACUGUACUAUAUAAACAGAGAUACAUUAUUUUGUUAUCAUAGGGCAUCAGAAGAAUUUCUUCAGAGAUUGGUGUCUUUAUAUGUUGCUUCUCAUUAUAAGAAUUCUCCAAAUGACUUGCAAAUGAUGUCUGAUGCCCCAGCUCAUCAUUUGUUCUGCUUGUUAGGACCAGUAAAUCCGAAUAAGAGUUCAUUACCAGAAAUAUUGGUUGUUAUUCAAGUUUGUCUGGAGGGACAAGUGUCGAAAGAUUCUGUUGUGGAUAAUUUUAAUCGUGGAAAGAGAGCCGCAGGUGAUUUAAUACCUUGGACAAUAGGACAACAAUAUCAAGAUCCGGAUUUUCCAAGCUUAGCUGGUGCUAGAAUUGUGAGAAUCGCAACUCAUCCAGACUAUCAAGGCAUGGGAUACGGUGCGAGGGCUGUAGCUUUACUAAAAGACUAUUACGAAUUUAAAAUGACAAAUAUAGAAGAAGAGAAGAAUAACGGAGUUACCGAAGAAAUUGAACAGGUUGGUGAUGAUGAUUUGGGUCUUUUAGAAGAAACGAUUGAACCAAGAAAAAAAUUACCGCCAUUGCUUUUGAAAUUGAAUGAAAGGCAACCUGAAAAAUUAGAUUAUUUAGGUGUCUCCUAUGGUUUAACUGAACCUCUUUUAAAGUUUUGGAAACGAGCCGGAUUUGUUCCAGUUUAUUUGAGGCAAACAACUAAUGAUUUGACCGGUGAACAUUCUUGCAUCAUGAUUAAUGUUUUGAAACACGACGACGAAGCACCGGCUUCUGAUUGGUUAAGCGCUUAUUGGGUAGAUUUCAGGAGGCGUUUCCUUUCACUGUUAUCGUAUCAGUUUAGCACGUUUACACCAUCGUUAUCCUUGGGCGUUCUGAACAAUAAAAAUAACCAAGUCGAAGCUAAGACUAUGAUGCGGAACGAAUUGGAUGUGUAUAUGACUAGUUACGACGUGAAGCGUUUGGAGAUGUAUAGCAAUAAUUUGGUCGACUAUCACCUCAUUGUGGACUUGUUGCCAUCUCUCGCAAGAAUUUACUUCUUGAAGCACAUGGGAGAUGUAAACUUCUCAGCAGUUCAAUCAGCUAUUCUGCUGGGCAUUGGACUGCAACACAAAACUGUCGACGAUUUGGCUUCUGCUUUGGAUUUGCCUGCAAAUCAAUUGCUUGGUUUAUUCAAUCGUCUAGUGCGUAGAUCCGUACAAUAUUUGAAUGGAGUUUUGGAAGACGAUGUGGAAAAAUCGUUAGCGCCAGUUAAGAAUAUUCAAAUGAAUGCCAUGGCACAGUCAUUGCAAAAGGAGCUCGAUGAAGCCUCGAAGGAAUUGGAGCAGAAGCAGAAAAAGGAACUGAAAAAGUUGAAAGAUGAAAAUCUAUCGCAGUUCGCUAUUAAAGGUUCCGAGCAAGAAUGGGGUAAAAUGCUGAAAGGAAAAGGAAGCAAAAAUAUAAUAUCGGUUAAAAGUGGAGAAAAAAGGAUGCAUGAAGAUACGGAGGACGUAGCUGAAGCUGAACCGCAGGUCAAAAGCAGUAAGAAGAAAAUGAAGAAUAAGAAGAACAAUAAAUAGUCGACAUUCGGAUGUAACAGAUUACAGUUUUGUACCGGUCAAGACCAACAAUUUGGAAGUUCUGAUCAAAUCAACACAUGGCGCAAAGAUUCUACUCUCUGAGAGUGCAAGCAGUGUUGCUCCUUUCUUCGAAAUUACACUGUCCGGAAAACAAUCAGAACCUAAUAUUAUUACCAGAGAUGACCCCAAAAAUGUUCAAAGUAUAGAUUUGAAGGAAGUAGCGUUGUCGGGGGAUACAUUUAAUACUAUUAAACUUUCUUGGAAUAAUGGUAUUGUCGUGAGUAAAGGUCCUAAUCAUGUUGUUAGUUUUAACGAGAGCUUCAUCAAUGUCGUGAACUUCAUCGGGUUUGCAGCUGGAAUAAAUGAUGAUGCUAUAUUUAUGGUUCCUCUUGACGGCUGUGAUGUUAAUAAUAAUACUUAACUUAAAUAAACAAUUAAAAUAU